AAGCACCAUGCAACCCUCCAACAAGAAGAAACACCCUCCCACCUCCUCCCCCGCCCCGCGCCUCCUCCCCCUCCUCGCCGCCACCCUCUUCCUCCUCUUCCUCUUCCGCCAGACACUCCUUCACCCCACCGCCGACCUCUGCUUCUCCUCCUCCUCCGCCGUUCCCCUCUCUCCUUCCGAGGCCACCAUCGCCGCCGAGUUCGACUCCUCGCCGCUCACCCUCGUCACCAUCCUCCACUACGCCACGGCGCGUGCGCUCCCUCAGCAGACCAAGGGCGAGAUCCGAAGAUCCUUCGACGUACUACAAUCCCUCGCGCCAUGCAACUUCCUCGUUUUCGGACUCGGCCACGACUCGCUCAUGUGGGACUCGUUCAAUCCACGUGGCACCACGCUGUUUCUCGAGGAGGAUCCUAAGUGGACCCUCUCUGCACUCCAGCGUUUUCCCAUCCUACGCGCCCACAUUGUGCGUUACUCCACGCGCCUCGCCGAGGCCAAGGAACUCCUCUCCUCUUAUAAAGAUUAUUGUCCCGGUGUCAGCAAGAACACCACUGACCACCCACUGAAAGGUGAUCGGUGGUGUAAGCUGGCACUUGGCACGCUGCCCAAUGAGGUGUACAACCGUGAUUGGGAUGUGAUCAUGAUUGAUGGACCGCGGGGAUAUUUUGCGGCCGCGCCUGGGAGGAUGGCGGUGAUAUACUCCGCCGCAAUGAUGGCGCGUGGGAGAAAGGGAUCGGGUGUGACGCACGUGUUUCUUCAUGACGUGGACAGGGGUGUUGAGAAACAGUAUGCGAAGGAGUUCUUGUGCAUGAAAUAUAGGGUUGGGGGUAUUGGGAAGCUUUGGCACUUUGUUAUUCCACCUGUUGUUAAUCCUAGUGAUAUUGCUCAUGGAUUUUGCUGAAAUUAUAGUGUCUUGUACUUUGUUUUCUUUUAUGUAAGUCUUUUAAUAUGAAAUAGAAAAAGGUUUUGUUC